AUGGGUCUUCCUAUCUCAAAUGGAAGCUCGAUCUCCACUCUGGACAUAUCGGGUGGCACGCAGCAGGCACCCAAUAGUGUACUGCGAGUCAUCAUCGAAAAUAUGGUCUACCCAGUCACACUGGACGUGUUGCACUCGCUCUUCUCUCGCUAUGGCAAAGUACUGAGGAUCAUAACAUUCAACAAGAAUAUUCUUCUGUGUUCCACAUGUGCUUUUCCAUUGGCUGACAUGCAGCCUGCUUUCGUCAAACUUGGUGAAGGAGCAGUUGUGACUAAUUCCACGUUUUCAGACACGUUCCAAGCAUUGGUACAGAUUAGCGAGGCUAGUGCAGCUCAACUGGCUAAGCAGAAUCUAGAAAAUCAAAAUGUGUACAACGGAUGCUGUACCUUGCGUAUAGACUACAGUAAAUUAAGCACGCUGAAUGUGAAAUACAACAACGACAAGAGCAGAGACUAUACCAACCCAAACCUACCGUCCGGAGAAAUCAGCCUCGAGCAACAGCUAGGACUUGAUGCAGCAGCACUGUCACAGUACCUUCCGUCACUUGGGACGCUGAGUAACGCCAUGGGGAGUCUAACUCCUUCUACUCUGACCUCUCUUCGAUUCCCUGUCAAUAUACUUAGCAUCACAUCCGUGGUCCUCGUAUCGAAUUUGGACGAAAAUGUUAGUGUCUAUGGUGAUGUGGUACGUGUUAAGAUUCUUUAUAACAAAAAAGACAACGCUUUGAUACAGUAUUCGGAGCCUCAACAAGCACAGUUAGGUCAACCAGACGCAGGCCUCACAAGGGACUACUCCCACUCCCCACUGCAUCGUUUCAAGAAACCGGGAAGCAAGAACUACAUGAACAUCUACCCACCCAGCUGCACUCUCCAUCUGUCGAACAUUCCGCCGAACAUUUCAGAGCAGACACUCACCGAAGCGUUCGAGCAGAACGGAUUCUCCGUCAAAGCGUUCAAAUUCUUUCCGAAAGAUCACAAGAUGGCUUUGUGUCAGUUGGAUGACGUGGAGACGGCGAUUGAGGCGCUCAUCAUCAUGCAUAACCAUAAACUUGCUGAGAACGCUCAUUUGCGGGUUUCGUUUUCGAAGUCUGGAAUCUAG